AUGUUGUACGACACAAUGGCAGAUUCAAAAUUUCAAAAUGAUGUUAGCAAAGCCGUUCCAAUUACUGGUUGGUUGAAACGAUUACUUCCAUAUGAACGGGAGUUAUACGAAUCUGGCCAACUGCAAAAUAUUACACAUCAUGGUUCAUCUUCAAUUUGGUUAGAAGCUCCUUCUUCUUCUCCACAUCCGGGACAAACAAUAGUAUAUCGACCAAUGGGAGAUACUGAAGUCAAAUACUUAGUAGAACAUGGAGAGCUUCCUGAUACUCAAUCAUAUCAAGCGAUUAUUGAAGGUGAAAACGGUAGAUUAUAUGCUAACAAAUAUCUAACUGGAGCAAAAUGGGUUGGAACGCAUCCAACGACGAUCGUAGAAUUUUGUGCACCCACAAAAUUGAUUGAGACAUUAAAACAGAAACAAAUGAAGAUUGAAGAUGGUGCUUUAUCAAUGGGACUUGGACAUAAAGCAGGAAAAGGCCUUCCACUUUUUAAUGAAAAACCAGCUGAACUUUGCCAAGGUGCAACUUCUACAACAACUAUUUCAUUGUGA